AUAUUACAACAUCCUUGGCACGCGCACGUACGACCUACGGCUGCGGCUGGUGCUGCUGCGGCCGCGGUGGCGUAACGCACGGCGACCGCGGUCAGUCGGCGGCGCGCAAUGGUGCCGGUGGUGGGCGACAAGAGCAGCACCGGGUCGUCGUCGGCGGCCGCGGCCGCGGUAUACACGGACAACCCCAAGGAGCGGCUAAAGGAGUGUUGCCGCAAGCUGGUGGCUUUCAUGUGCACGCAGGUGGGCGUCGGCGGCCUGGUGGUCGGCUACGCGGUGGUCGGUGCGUUCUGCUUCAUACAGAUCGAGGGCCAGGCAGGCGACGCGCAGCAGCACGCGGUCGAGAUGCUCCGGCACAACUGCACCGCGGACGUGUGGAACGUGACGGCCACCGUCAACGUUCUGGACGAGCCCAGGUGGCGCAGCCAGGUCAAGGACGCGUUGCUGCGGUUUGAGAAGAAGCUCGCCCUGAUCGUCAAGAAGGGAUACGACGGAAAGACCACCGAAGAGACGUGGUCCUUCUCCGCCGCGCUCAUGUUCUCUUUGUCCAUAUUCACCAUGAACGGUUACGGCAACGUGGUGCCCAAGACCAUGCUGGGAAAGGCUGCCACCGUCGUGUACGCCGUGUUUGGCAUACCCCUGUACGUCCUCUACUUCCGUAACAUGGGAAAGGUGUUGGCUCAGACUUUUCGAUGGCUUUACACAUGGGUGUACCAAUGCAGCAUGGAAGACAAGGUUGGCGGCGGAGAUUUGUACAACCAGCAGCUUCCGCAGAAGUCGAGAGUGAUCGUACCGUCCACGGCUUGCCUGUGGGUGUUGGUAGCAUAUGUGGCUGCCGGCACGGUGACAUUCGUCACCCUUGAAGACUGGUCUUACAUGGACUGCAUGUUUUUUUGCGUCACCAGCCUAUGCAAGAUUGGCAUAGAGAAUUUUGGGCCGGUGGGCACUGCCAAAGAAUCCGGAGUCAUUCACCCGAUGAAUUUGAUCAUCAAGUUUGUUUAUUUGUUGUUGGGCAUGGGUAUCAUAGCCAUGUGCUUUGACUUGAUGCGGGAAGACGUUCAGGUCCGGGUAAGGAAUUUGAAAAUGGACAUCGGACUGUGUUUCGAGGACAUACGACUCAGAGCCGUAGCCGUGUACAGACGCCGAAACUCUUUCGAUUGAUAUAUUAUUUAUUAUUAUUAUUUUUUAUUAUUAUUAUUUUUAUUCUUAAAACUAGUAAUUUUU